AGAGAAGAGAAUCUCACAUCUCGAUCGCUUGUGCGCGUUUUAGAUGUGUUAGUACAGCAUCAUCCGAGCAGUGAGAGUCGUGCCCCCUUAGUCGUGUCUAAAAUCGUGUGGCUGCCGUGCAUCGCAGUGCGCACAAUAAUAGCGAGGAAAAGAGAGAUAAACGGAGCACCACCCCCGAACUCAGUAGCUAAGCCACACGAGUUGGGACUAUAUAUACACACGGAGUGAAGGAGAGAGCACGAGCAAGGCGUUCUCUCGUCGUGCGUCGUUUUAUUGUGUCUGCCCCUAUGGCCGAGCAUCAGCAGCAAAGACGGCGACGACGGCAACAGCAGCGGAUGCUGCGACGACGCCGCGAUUCGCUUAAUGGCUAAUCCUAUAACACGAUCGUCAUCAUCGUCGUCGUCGCCAGCAGCAACCACAGCCUCAGCAUCAUGAGUGCCGUUUACCUAUUUGCUUUACUGCCCUGCCUCACCCUUGGCUUCCUGGACCCAAUAAGUGCCCAUGAUGUCAAAGGAUCACAAUUUUGUCAGUUUUACAAUGAGACAAUGUGUGGAGGAGAGUUCAGAGAAGACUGUGUAGAAAGGGAACAAUGUGGACCACAUGAUCCUGACAAACGUAAUCACUGUUAUGUUUUAUGGCAAUAUGACAGCAUUACUCAUAAAUCUACUAUUAAGUUAAAAGGCUGCUUUUUAGAUAGCAAGGAGUGUUAUGACAAGCAACACUGCGUUGAGAAAAAUGCAGACAGGAAAAAGCAGCACUUCUUCUGCUGUUGUGACGGUAAUAUGUGCAACAAAAACUUCUCAUGGGAUCCACAGCCCACGCAACCGCCACAUGUUGUACACGAAAUCGAACCCGUUCGAAAUACAGAGCAAGAGUUUGUAACGCUUGUACUGUCGAUUUCUAUUCCAAUGCUGGCGCUUGUAAUCACUCUCUCGGGAAUAUUUUAUUACUAUAGACGUAAGAAGUUGGGAUACUUUAAUGAGUUACCCACAAUGGAUCCCGGUCCACUGCCACAGCCUUCACCGAACCUCGGCAAUCGUCCCAUCCAACUAUUGGAGAUAAAAGCCCGUGGACGUUUCGGAGCUGUGUGGAAAGCCCAAUUGAGAAACGAAGUUGUAGCCGUGAAAGUAUUCCCCAUACAAGACAAACAAUCCUGGCAAACAGAGCAGGAAAUCUUCAAACUUGCACACAUGGAUCACGAAGAUGUGUUGCGAUUCAUUGGUGUCGAGAAACGCGGUGACAAUUUACAAGCUGAAUUUUGGUUGAUUACGGCCUACCACGAAAAAGGUUCACUAUGUGACUAUCUGAAAGCUAACGUGGUCUCGUGGCCGGAGAUGUGCAGGAUUGCUGAAUCUAUGGCCAGAGGCCUAAUGCAUCUGCACGAGGAAAUUCCAGCUAACAAAGCCGACGGUUACAAGCCGGCAGUGGCUCACCGUGACUUCAAAUCCAAGAAUGUGCUAUUGAAGGCUGAUAUGAGUGCUUGCAUAGCGGAUUUCGGACUCGCGUUGAUUUUCCACCCUGGUAAACCAUGUGGUGAUACUCAUGGCCAAGUGGGUACCAGAAGAUACAUGGCACCAGAGGUACUUGAAGGAGCAAUCAACUUCACCCGGGAUUCUUUCUUGCGUAUCGACAUGUAUGCCUGUGGACUCGUGCUGUGGGAACUAGCUUCAAGAUGUACCGUACAAGACGGACCGAUCGGCGAAUACAGAUUGCCUUUCGAGGAAGAAGUUGGCCUUCAUCCUACACUCGAAGACAUGCAAGACAGUGUUGUCCACAAAAAGGAAAGACCAUUGAUAUUAGAAACUUGGCGCAAGCAUCCGGGUCUAUUGGCAUUCUGCGACACGAUGGAAGAAUGCUGGGACCAUGACGCAGAAGCUCGUCUGUCAGCAUCAUGCGUAAUGGAACGAGUAGCGUCGUUAAGCCGAAGCAUGGUACUGAAUUCGUCUACGUUGAUUCGCGUGGACAACACAAACGAAACCCUUGGCACGAAGGAGUCGAGCAUGUAGGCACGUGUACAAAUCGGCACAAUUGAGUUCUCUUGAGCUGUCAUUUUUAUUAAAUUAUGUCCUUUGGUGGUAACGACGAGAUUACGGAGAAAAUUUAUUAUUGGGAAAAUGUUCUGUAGAAUUCUGCCUGACUCUUUUUUUUUGUUAUAUUAUUCACUCUCCGCGAUCAUAUACGUCAAUGGGAAACAAUAACGGCAUGUAGCCAUAGUGCGCUGACUUGCGUGUUGCUCGUUUUAAUUCCCCAUUUCGUAGCUUCUAGAUAACCAAUGCUGCCGUUUGAAUAUUAACUUCUUCGGUAAGCCACACCUAUCAAGCGCGUUUCAUCGUUUCUCCCGUGUUGGACUGUUCAUUUUUUUUUCAUUGGUGAUUACGUCGCACGCACGAUGUCGCUUUGUUGACUGACCUUCGACAAAAUAUUUAGCUGCCAAAAAUGCCACUAUCGGAAAUGGCUAGCGAAAUAAGUCUUUUACUGACCUUGAAUAAUGUACAUAUUGUUUAUUUUGAAACAAUCGUGUAUAUGUAUAAUUUCGUUUUUAAAGAUAAAUCCGGAUGUUUGAAAUUUGUUGUCCAAAUUGUUAUAUAAUGGCUUCACUAUUGAUGAAAAAUUUAUUACCGACUGUUACUUCACUGCCUCGAGACUUAUCUUCAAGACUCUUCAUUGAUAAUACGUCAAAUUGAACUUAGUCAGCCAAGUGUUUGUUAGAUAUUUGCUCAUGAAGUAAUUUCAAAUGGCCGAUAAUGAUUCACGCCACACUCUUAAAAGUUUUACCGAGGAGAUAGCGUUGUAGUUGGUAAUAUUCGUUUGUUUUUCUUUUUCUUUCUCGAUACUAGAAUCAAUCAGUCCGAACUAUGCAAAAAUAACAAUCUCAUCUUACAAAAAAAUAUCGCAUGUCCAAGUAUUCGAUGGAUAAAAACAAAGUCGAUUAAAGUGGCAUUCCUUUCUAUCCCUUAGUUACUCGAAUGUUAAUGGUGUGUCGUUAUACUAUAUCAUAGAUUUAUAGCUUAUUAUAUUAUAUAUAACUCGAUGCUUUGUAAAUACCUACAACGAUAAUAAUCAUAUGAAGUGUACAUUUAUAGCGACUUUUUUAAAAAGCCUAACAAUAUAUCGGAUACAAUUAUAUAUAAAAAUGUUACAUCUGCUUUUCUCGUGAGCUGUAUCUUGAUUCCCAUUGACGCGCAAGCCACCGUGAAAUUUUUGAGAAAGUUAUAACCACUCGAGGCGUACUCGUUUACAGUAAGCUCGACCGCAAUGUAUAACAAUCGGUUUCGAUGAAACUAAUUCACAUGGUACAAAGACAUUUUCUUUUUCUUUUAUGUGUAAUAUUAUAUAGAUUUUCGUUCGUGCGAGUACGUAUCGUUAUGUAUGACUUUCUUGGAGCAAGUAGAGCCAAGAGACAGAGAAAAAGACAAAGCGAAGAGAUACACCGGUGAAAAAAGAGAUGAAGGUUUAUUACGAUGUACCUGGUAGGCAAAGCCGAUCUAUUUGGUAUGGACACGGUUCUCUUCGUAAAAGCGAGAAAUUUUUUGUACGUUCCGAGAUAAUGCGAGAAUCCUUGACUGGUGUAAGCUGUACAAAAAAAUACGAACGCAAUGUCCGCCCUAAACAUUUUUUACACUCUCACACGUACAUAUGAAGGGAUUUAAUCAUCGACGAUUCUUCGUUCGUCUUCCAAGGUGCGCAAUAUUCUCGCUUUUUUACUUCCGUUGUAAUCCUUAGUUAGGACGCUUAUAUGUAUCUCUCACUGACUUUAUUUUUUUCGUUCCUCCAUUUUUAUUGUAGUAUAUGAAGCGUGUCGAUGCUAUUCGCGUGUAUUUUUCAUGUCGAAAUGCACAAAGAAAAAGAAAAUAAAAGUUAGGAGAAGAUAUGUAGGUUGAGGGAGAGGGAAUAGGAGGCGUGGAUUAUUUAGAGCUUUAUACAUUUUAGAAAUCGACGCGCGUGCCAAAAAGCCAAGCAGUUAAUCCAAUUGAAAACGCCGAGCUUCUCUAUUUGGUUAUACCAUGCGAAAGAAGAAAGACUCGUUAAGAAUGUUAUUGUAUGACGAUUAUAAGUAUAUAUCAGAGAGACGAGGGUGAAGCAAAACGAGGUGUACCUAAUACAAAUAAUUAUCGUACGAUGCUCAUUGAAUAUUAUCGUAUAAUAAUAGAUAAUAAUUUUGUCGACGUUACAAAAAAGAAAAAAAAUACAAAGUGUGUGCGAGAAAGAGAAAUGUGUAUAUCGAUUGUGAACACAACAAAAAAUAUACAAAUAUAGGAGCUUUUUUUUUGAAUAUAAAGCCCCAGACAUAUCGGACUGUGGACGACAAGUACGACAUGCAUAUUUUUUACCAGCUCGCGAUCAUAUUAGGGUAGAGCGACAAAUGUGUAUAGACCAGUCGAGCAGUUGUUGUUUCAUUUUAUUUUUAUUUUUUAUAAACAGGAAAAAAAAACGAUAUGAUUUCCGUAUGGAAAAUCUAAAAGACUACCAGUUCUAAAUUUUACAUAAAUGAUUUAUAUGAAUGUUGUAGUAAUUGUUAAAAAGCUGUUGACAAAUCCGCAUUACUAAAUCAUUAUUGCGUAAUAUGUUCCGUUCUUUAUUUGUAUAUUGUUACACGUAUGAUAAUGAAUUUUUGUAAUCGGUAUUGUGUUUAUCGAUCGAUAUUUUCGAAUCAAAAGUGAUGAUGACUGCUCGAUAUUAAAUUAUUUAGCUAAACGAAGAGGGACGUACACAUCCACCGAUUCUAGAAACUGUCUAAUAAUUUAUCAGUACUGUUUAUCAAUGUUAACCAGAGAUUGAUCGGGCUUAUUAGUAUAAUUUUUAUCACUCAUGAACGAGGAGUAAAAAAAUUACUAUAGCAAGUUGGCGUACGAUGAAUUUUUGUAAAUAUAAAAAAACAAAAAAAUAUAAGUUCGGUUAUAGGGUAUAAUUGCUGUUAAUUUUGAUAAGUUGUAAAUAAUACGUUUUUCGUCGAUCAAUUAAUAUCGCUUUGAUGAGUUUUUAACUAAAAAAAGGGAAAAUCUUUUUAUACACUUUUACAAAAAAAAAAGCAAAAAUCCGAAAAAAAUGUAUGUUCAUACCGCGUGCGCGUGUAUAGUGGAUGGAGCCUCCGUUAAAACUUUUCCGUUCGCGACAAACGUCAAAUCGUAAAUCGUCACGUAAAUGUCCAAUUAUUUUUUUUCACCGAGCGGAAUGAAACUUGUCUGUGAUGAAAUUCUCAAGCCAGAGUACAAUUUUUAAAGGGACAAUUUUUAUACAUUGAAGAAAGGAAGCCAAACACUAUAUCGUUUUAUAAAAAGAAAAAAUAAACGCGCUUUGUCCACGAAUGAAAAGAAAAAAUAAGAAUAUGUAGGGAACGGGAUAGUGUACACGGAAGGUUCUACUCGUGAUCGAUUUAACUAAAAAUAAAAUCCGAAGUUAAUUAAACGUUAGCCGCGCGCGCGUGAUUACUCGGUCGGAUCCAUCUCUGGUGCGGAGUUGUGUAUGGAGUUGAUUUUUUUAAUAUUGCGAGACUUGGCUUGAGUCGAGUUUACGGAACUGAACACUCAUCAAUUAAUUAGAUUUUUCUCUUUUUAUUCUUCUCUUCAAAACUAUCUUUAUGAUUUUUAUCCUAUCGUAAUAUAUACAUUACGCAUGCAUACACAUAUUAUCUAUAACGUAUAACUGCGAACGACGGUCGAAAAGAAAAACUUGUUGUUAAUCUUAGGUAAAUUAAGCGAACUAUCAUUGAGCAAUUUGUUUAAUAGUUAUUUUUUAUGAAUACAAAAUAAAUUAAAAAUACAAGGUAAAAUGAUUGCAAAAAAUUAUCUGCUAUAUAUAUACACAUAUAUAUACACACAUAUACAUAUGAAUAUACGUGUGUGUAUAUAUAUAUAUAUACAUACAUAUAUAUAUAUACACAUACAUAUAUAUACAUAUGAAUAUACGUCGUGUAUCGGAGAUAAGAAGAUUAAACAAAUAAAAAAAGACCAUUUUUUUAGCGUGUAUCCUUUACCAAUGUGGUAUAAUGAUGCAAAGACUUUGAUGAUCGGAUGAAUGGUUUUUUGUCCGCACCUAGUCGAAUGUAGGUUGACUGUAAAUA